GCUGCGAAGAAAUAAGGAAAAACCGAACUCGUCUUCUGCGAGUUGCCGUCGGUCGCGCAAGAAAAGGAACGUACUCCAUCAUUCCCUACACGCGAAGGGAGAGUUAACCAAAGUGAAGAAAGUGACCUAGGCCUUAAGAAAGUGUACAAUCCUAGGUGCAUGGCAACGCAAGACCUGCUACGUCGAGUGUUGCAAAUCGCAUAGCAAAUCCCUUUUUUCGCGUCUUGCCUAUUUUCAGCGUGUUGUACACAAGGAAACCCCGUGUCGUGUUGUCUCUCAGUGGCGUUUGCGAUUUGCCAGUCUACAUUAGCCUUCUUACAGUAAGGCAUCCUCGUCGUAACGGGACGUGUGAUACCCUAGACCUCUGCUCAUAUCGCAGGAUAGUAAAAAAUAGCCUUUCAACUUGCCAUUUAAUUUUUUUUUCGUCAACGCAAACACAAACACACCAAAACAAAAUUCGUCACCCGUCUGCGGAAGCGUAGGACCCGAUACGCCAUAAGGAUAUCGUUGACAAUGGCAAAGGAUAACAACAACAUUAACACCGAUGACCUCACGGAUGGUGGGCCUUCCUCGUCUACUUCAGGAACGGUGGCUUCUUCGACAACCGGAACGAAAGCUGCCACAGCCGCGACAGUAACUAGUGAGCCGGGAGACAAUGUUUCGGCGCCCGUGGAACAGUCAACACCGGCACCGGCAGAUCCGCCAACCCGGCGGGAGGAGAAUCCGUUCUCUUUCAAACAUUUCCUCAAGUGGGACGGCCCCGCCGCCGGUGGAACGCAUUACAACCACACGAUAAAUGGCGUCAGCUCGACCGGUAUCGGUUUGGGUGCGUCCGGAGGUACUAGCACUAGCAGCAGUAGCAGCAUCAACCAUAGUCGUAGCACAUCGAACAUUAAUGGUCACGGAUGCUCGAGCACCCUUGAGGUUGCGAACAGUAAUGAGACGAACGGCAGUUCGAUGGAUACAAGGACGAAUGCCGGAAUUGCAUCAGGGAAUCCGGUGAACCCAGCCACCACCAUUACGACCAGCACCGGGUCCCCUUCGAAGUCAGCCACGACGAGUUCACUGAAUGUGGUCAGUUCGACGACCGGGGCACGUCCAAAAAUUCCCCAGUUCCAGUCGGUCAAUACGCUUAGCAGCGAGUCGAAGAUGAAACGCUCCCCUCGCUUCCCUUCGUUCGAUUCCCAGUCAAGCCUGUCCGACUUUGCCGACGAGCGCUUCGGAUCGAUUUAUCAGAGCCGUAGUAACAGUUCCUUCAGCUCGGAUUACCCGCCCGGAGUUGGCGGUAGUGGCGCUUGUUUGGGUAGUGGCCUCCGGGGGACGCACUCGUCCAACGGAGGCGAGGAUGCGGAACUACUCCGAGGGUACGUACCGCGAUCGUACUCUAAUUACGAUCUCGAUAGCCCUGGCUCGGCCACCGGAACCGAGCGAAGGCACGACCAGGAAAACGAUGGUGGCAACGGAGGGCGGUUGGUUGGGGCGACAGAAUUUUCGGCAGCCCUUCCCGAUUUCGUUCAGGAUCAUCUCGUAAUGGAGCAGUGGUAUAACACGCUUCCGAAGGGCGGAAGCGGGGGUGGUGGUGCCGGUAUUCCCAGCGGUGGUGGUGGAAGUGGUUCAUCCGGCUCGGUGGAUUUCGACGAUAUGUUUGAGCUGGCCGGAGUAGGUAGUUCCGGUGUCAUUCUCAACGAUAUGCCGUUCGAUUUGACGGCAAGCAGUACCGGAAGUGGUAAUGUGCGCGGCCGUGGCUCAGAUAUGGGUCAUCGAAACUCACCGACCAUUCCGCUCGAUCUCCCCCCAAUGGGAGGUGGUGGUGGUGUUGGGCCAGAAAUCGGGCUGGACCUUCCCCAUCGGAGAGUAACACCGACACCAUCCUCAGCAGAACUUCCUCCGGAUCUAACCGAAGGUAAUGCCGGCGCUGGCCUCGGCGACGGUGGUUUGGGUGGGGCCAGAUCACGGCCCUACUAUUACUCCGUCUCACCGCCUCCACCGGAGGCUUCUUCGGGUCCGUCGGCGGGGACGGCGGAUAAAAUUCACCGUCUACCGGACUUCCUCUCCGAUGGCCCAAUCCAUUCGUCUGGACGUCUGGCGGACGUGACACAAGACACACCACACGGGUCGGAUACAGCGGCUGCAUCGGCUGCAGCCUCCAACCAUCGCCACCGGCUACAACAACGCCAAAGGGAAGCGCAAUACCAGAACCGACUCGGGGCGGAACUGGCGGAAAAUGAACGGCUGCGUCGCGAGCUCGAUCAAAGCCGGCAGACGGUUAGCGUGCAAGCACGGCGUAUCCGGGAACUGGAGCGGGAUCUCGAGUCGAUGGUUUCGUCGAGAGUGAGCGCAGCAGCAGCGGCGGCGGCUGCGGCAGUAUGCGGACCGUCUUCGGGCAACGGCGGCUCGACGCAAUCAAAUGCAAACAGUUUCAUGCAGGCCAAAACAAGAGCAGCCUCUGCCGAAGCUGAGGUGAAGAAGCUACGACAAAAGAUUCACAGUAUGAGCGUUGAAUUCGAUACCCUUCGGAGGGAAAAUGAAACGCUGAAAGAAGAAGUCUGUGGAGGCGCCAUCGGGGGCAGUAGCACUGGUGCGGGCGCCAAUGCUGGUGUGUCUCGAGGAGAAGAUGGGACGAACGUCAACCAACGACCACGAAGGGAACGUUCCUCGGCCUUCCUGCGGGCCCAUACCAUUGCUCUACGACAGGCGGCUUCUUCGGCGGAAAAUAAUCUCAGACAACUUUUAAGCGGUGUGGAAAAUCUCCGCACGAUGGCAAACCAGAUCGAAACGUUCGGAGCCACGCAGACGGAAGAACUUGGCGCCGCCGGUGCGGCUAUCCCGUUGGAAGACUAUCUUCACGGGGUGGACAUUAACAGCGAAGAUGACGAUGACGAUGAUGACGAUGAUGAUGCGCUCGGGCCGGCACUAUAAACGGCCGUCGUCUGAAUGGGCCCGGAGACAUAUUUGCUCUCUUGUGCAAGACUUAAGGAAAUCAUAGCGACUGACGAGGGGAAACACCUAUAGAAGCAACUGGAGUCGGCAGCAUGAUGUGCGUGUGGAAAUCUAUAUAUUUAUGUAGACGGGUCACGAAUCGUUUUCGCACAUUUACACGUUUUGCUCGCCAAGUCAAUGGACUUACUUUAAUCCCUACAGGGACAGAUAGAGAGAUGGACCGGAACAAACGGAAAGUGGAAGUAGAUGCACACAUAGUCGGAACCAAAUCGUAUUAAACAUGAUUGCGGCACUCGCAACAAAUCAUUGGUGUACAUAUUUACACAUAAACGAUAAUAGAUUAUCUACAUCCUUCUGAUUACUAUGCUGUACGCUUACUGAUGAUCGAAAUGAGGAUAACCGAUGGACAUGGGACGGAGCCACCUCAGCAGUCAUUAUACAUGCCGUGACUGAGUUUAGAGAACGCUUGCCUACACGCUACAGCAGUAGAGAAAAAAGAUGGUUUAUUUUUUGUUGGUAUUUGCACGGACAAGCUGAAAGACGAAUAGUCUUGGUUUAAUAGAUAGCUCAACGAAUGGUGUAUAUUUUUUUUUUUUAGACCAGAGGCGUUUUUGUUAGUGUCCCAUACACGCCACGCACGGAACAAACGAACCUUAAUAUCUAUCCGAUCACUAUAAACUAUCGUACCAGUAGGGACGAAGUGAAAGUGCACGCAUCAUAAUCAGCACAAACUUCUCAAGCUUCGUGGCUUCAAAACUCGUCUAGAACAGUGGAGCACUUUCAGUUUUCAGGGAGUGUUUCGAUUUUCUCCAUACACCGUCGUGCGAUGUGAUUUGAACUACAUUAAUCUUAAGUUUUCCCGUUACUCUAUACGGCGCCGAAAUCAAACUCUCGAUGGGACAAGGAACGGUGCGGAUAAAAUCAAAAGCAUAUAACGUGAGCAAAGAGCCGCUUUGGACGCCUGCGUCUGCGGCGGCAAAUUUGAGUGAUGAAUAAUUAUUAGCUGAACAGAACGUGACGAAUAAAGGCUAUAAUAAGUUAAACUUGCAGAUGUUUUGGGUUAACCACUUGUGGGAUAUGGUGCCAUUACUAUUUAAGACUUCCUGGACAUUUAUGCCUAGCGAGUUGACUGAUACUUU